AUGCCGCCACGCCCCUUCGUCAAUGACGCGCUCUGGCGCUGUCUGUGCCCCGGCUUCCCGCCCAGCACCACACCCCGCCUCGCCCGCACCGCGCCCCGCCUCGCCCGCACCUCCUCCACGCCGCUCCGCCCAGUCCGCAGCCCGCGCAGCCAUUGCGCCUACACCACCUCUACACGAACCACCCACUACGCCCCGCCGCUCGCCCCGCGCGCCAAGCCCGCGCAGCUCUCCAUCCCCCAGCUCUACAACGACCUGCGCGCCGCCGGGAUCCGCGGGCACUUCGACGACGCCGUGCGCCUCUGCGGCUUGCUGCAGGACCGCGGCCACGCGCCGGACAAAGACAUGUACGCGGCACUGCUGCACGCGCUGGCGUCCAGCAGCGACGGCACGGGCGGCAAGCUGCGCGCGGUGCUGGCCGACAUGGGCUUCUGGGGCGGCGGGGCGGGCGUCGAGCUCGACGCGCGCGGGUGCGAGAACGCGCUCGAGGCGCUCGCCGUGCACCCGGACUACCUGCUGCGCGCUGAGGUGCUGCAGUACAUGCGCGCCCGGUGGAUGAACGUGAGCGAUCGCGCGCAGGGGUUCGUCGUCGUCGGGUACUUGCGCGAGAGGGGGUUCGAGCAGGCGCUCGAGCUGCUGGAGGCGCUGUGUGCGAGGCAGGUCAGGGUCGAGGAGUGGGUGUGGAGUGUGGCGCUGUGGACGCUGUUGGAGUAUGGGGAGGUCGAGGAGGCGUUUUGGGUGCUGGGGCUGAGGGAGAGUGUGCUGGCGGGUGGGCGCAUGGGGCGGGCGUAUAGGGUCAGGCUGAGCGAUGCGCUGUGGGGCGCGUUGAUGGACGCGGCCGCGCAGCAGCAGAUGUACGACGCCGCGCGCCUCGUGUGGACCGCCCAGGUGCAGCCCGGCUACCUCAAGCCCGCGACCGGCACCUGCGUGAACGUGCUCGCGCUCGCCUCGCGCCACGGCGACGUGCAGCUGGCCACCGACGUCUUCCGCGUGCUGACCGAGCGCGGGACCAUCUUCACCACGCACCACUACGAGCUGCUGAUCGCCACCCACCUCGCCGCCGACGCCCUCGACGACGCCCUCGCCGUCAUCCUCAUCAUGGUCGACGCCAACCUCAAGGUCGACGCCGGCACCUGCUCCCCGCUGUACUGGUACCUGCGGAAUGCGCCCGCGCCCAGCCCUCCGGCCGACACCUCUACUGACACCUCUACUGACGCCCCCACCGAUACCCCCACCGACCCCCCCUCCAUGCCCCUCCACGCCUUCACGCUCCUCCAGUCCCUCGAAGCCCAGGGCCGCACCAUCCCCGUCGCCGCCGUAAACUGCUGCAUCCAAGCCGCCGUCGCGCUCGCCCAGCUCCCAACCGCGCUCGAAAUCUACAAAGCGCUGCACACCGUGUGCCCCUCGGGCCCCAACACCGCGACCUUCAACCAGCUGCUGCGCGGCUGCGCCGCCACGGGCCGCCACGACCUGGCGCUCUACCUGGCCGCGGAGAUGCUGUCGCUCGGCCUGCGGCCCGACCGCAUCACGUACGACCGCCUGAUCCUGGUGUGCGAGAGCAGCGCCGAGCUUGACGAUGCGCUGGCGUACUGGGAGGAGAUGCGCGGGCAGGGGAUGCGGCCGAGGCGCGGCACGUAUGAGGCGCUGGUCAAGGCGCUGUGUGAGGCUGGGGACGCGCGGUGUGUGGCUGUGCUGAGGGAUUAUAAGGAGAGCGGGGAGACGGUGAGUGGCGUGGAGAGGAGGGUUAGGGAGAGGUUUGAGGCGGACUGGCGGGGAGAGGGGGGGGAAGACGAGUUGAGAGUUGAAGUGGCUGCAUGA